AUGAAUGAAGCAGACGUUUCUCUAACCCAUGAUCGAGAAAACACAGAAAUGGAACCAACAUUUCUGAUGAGGCGUUCUGUGGCUCCUAGUCAGUCUGGAGCUGCCAAGCGGGCCAGGUUUUCAGCCCCUUUUAAGAGUGAAAAUGACGAAACCAGGAAGACAGUGCCAUUAUUCAACAGAGGCUUAAAUGUGCUGUCUACACCUGAUUCAGACAGAAAUGGUGAUUAUAAGAAUGAUGAGAAUUCAACCCAAAACAACACAUCACAAGCAGCAACUCCUCGUACUUUCACCUUUACUAAAAGUAGUCCCUCCAUCACAACUACACCAUCUGGUAGUAAACCACAUUCAACCUCAUAUCAUUCACCACUGGCAGUAUCUUCAGAAAACAAACAAGAUAGUGAUUGCAAUGUCCAGAAUGGUUCUAACAGCCCUCCAACACAAACUGAGAACUACUAUAGUGUGGUUUGGUGUAAAUUUUCCAAGAAGAAGCAUAAGAAGUGGGAAGGCGAUGCUGUUUUAGCGACUCACGGCCGCAAAGCUACUUUGUAUGACAUGGAAGGAAAAGAAAUUGGAAAAGGCUCUGGUUAUAAAGAAUCUUUGCUGAAUUCUUUGGAAGGUGACCAAACAUUAUCAUUUGCAGGAAAAGAAAUUUUGGUGAUGUCUCGUAUUCCUGAAGAAAACUUCAAAUCUGGGAAAUGUUUUAUGCCAAGUACCACUGCCCCCACAGCAGCAGCAGCAGCAACCAAAACAAAAGAUAUAUCUCGACCAUAUGUCAAUCCUCAAUUAUCUAACACUCAAACUGGGAAUAACUCAUCCAAAUUUCAGAAAACUGGUGCUAUAACAGAUUCCAUUGAGACAAUCACCCCCAGGCAUGACCCCUCAGCACCAAAUGCUCUUGUCAUGCCAAGACCUAGUCAAGACCAUCAGUGGUACAACAACAAAAAUCAAUUACCAGUAGUAGAUGUAGUAGUUGACCCUUACAUCACUCGUCACAUGCGACCUCAUCAGCGUGAUGGAGUUAUCUUUCUUUAUGAAUGUGUUAUGGGAAUGCGUGAUUACAAUGGCUGUGGAGCCAUUUUAGCUGAUGAUAUGGGAUUAGGGAAAACACUUCAGUGCAUUGCAUUGUUAUGGACACUCUAUAAACAAGGCCCCUAUGGUGGUAAACCAAUAUUACACAGAAUUCUUAUUGUCACACCUAGUAGUUUGGUCAAGAACUGGUUUCAAGAAUUCAAGAAAUGGCUUGGCUUAGAAAGAAUAUCUGUAUUUGCUGUGGAAGCUGACAAAAGAGUAGAUGAAUAUCUGCUUCGACCAAAAUGCCCUGUUCUGAUUAUCUCUUAUGAAAUGUUCCUGCGAAACAUUAAAGAGGUUGAGAAGAUCAACUUUGACUUGAUAAUUUGUGAUGAGGGUCAUCGAUUGAAAAACACGUCCAUAAAAACAUCCACAUUGCUUUCCAGUCUUCCAGUCAGGAAACGAAUUGUUCUUACUGGCACUCCCAUUCAAAAUGACAUGCAAGAAUUUUAUGCAAUUGUAGAAUUUUCCAACCCAGGAGUUCUUGGUACAUCAACUGCUUUCCACAAAGUAUAUGAACAGCCUAUUCUUGCUUCACGCCAACCCUCUGCAACCAAAGAAGAUGUGACACUUGGUAAUGAGCGAGCAACAGAACUUAGCCGACUCACCAAAUUAUUUCUCUUACGGCGAACACAGGAUGUCAACAACAAAUAUCUCCCACCUAAAGUUGAAAUUGUUGUGUUCUGUCGUCCUUCAAGUCUUCAAUUGACCCUGUAUCGGCAGAUCCUUAAUUCUCAGACAAUACGUCGUUUCCUGGCUGGCCAUUAUGAUGGCCCCUCUCACCUCAUCAGUAUUGCUGCCCUAAAGAAAUUGUGCAACCACCCAGCCUUGCUUUACCAGUCCCUUACAUCAAAUGAAAGUGAUGAAGAAGAAGGCAGUGUCUAUCAAGGUUUGGUUUUUUAUCCACAAGGUUACAAUGUUCCUGACAAUCUUGUGGAGGAUGGAGGAAAGCUUAGUGUUCUUGCAUCAUUACUUAAACAGAUUUACACAGCCACUCCACGAGAUAAAGUGGUUCUGGUUGCAAAUUACACAAAGACAUUAGACUUGCUUGCUGAUUUUUGUAGCAAUCAAGGUUAUAAUUGCUGCAGGAUGGAUGGCCAAACACCAACUAGUACAAGAAUGAACAUUGUACGGCAGUUUAAUAUGCCUGGCUCAAAUCAUUUUAUCUUUUUACUAAGUUCCAAAGCAGGAGGUGUUGGCCUGAAUCUAGUAGGAGCAUCUCGAUUAAUCCUGUAUGAUAUUGAUUGGAAUCCUGCUAAUGAUCUGCAGGCAAUGGCUCGUAUUUGGAGGGAUGGACAGAAAAAGAAAGUCCACCUUUACCGAUUGUUGACAACUGGAACUAUUGAAGAGAAAAUCUACCAGCGGCAAAUCAAUAAGCAGAGUUUGAGUGGAUGUGUAAUUGAUGCACGAGACAAAGGAAAAGUAAAAUUCUCUCUGGAAGAACUUAGAGACCUUUUUUCCCUAAAUGAGCAAACAAAUUGUGAUACACAUGAACUCUUAAAAUGUCCCUGCAAAAAUAGCCAGGGUGAGGCUAAUGAUGAAUCGCGUAACAAAUUACCAGCUCCUGUUCGUCAGUGUCAGUUGGGAACGCCACAAACAGAAGUUGAGGGACAGAUUAAAAAGAAUCUAACAAUGGAUGAACUGCUGGACUGGAAACACAUUGCACCUGAUGAACUCUCUGGCCAUCCGGAAUGGCAUCUUCCCUCAUCACCAGGUGAAAGCAACAGUGUUACCUUUGUAUUCUGGAGUGAAACAAAAGCUUUGCCCAUCCCUGAAGAAACUGCCAAUUAA